AAAUAAUAUUACUUUCACUGAAUGCCUGUGCUUUCGCCUCAGAUCCGUCUUGAAUCGUUUAAAAAGAGAUACAUUAGUUUUAUUAUUGAUAUAUAUUCAACAAUAAAUUCUGUACGCCUGCUUAUUAUGCUUAUUCUUGAAAGUGGUCUCAGGCUUUUGGACCCCACUGUAUUUAUUGAUUUUUUUUCACAAACACAGGACAGUGUACAGGAUGAAAAAAAUAAAAAAGUGAGAGGAAAAGCAUAGAUAAAAGAAAAUUUCAACAUAAAUGAAUAAAAUGACCACCAGACAAGGGCCUCGAUAAAAAACAUAGGGUAAAUAAAUAAAUAAAGAUGUCAGAUAUACCGCCCUGUAAGGCUAACGUUUAGGACAGCUGUGAAUCCCAAACCCAAGAAUCUACUUUAGUAACUUUAACAUUGAGCCCUAAUAACGUUUAAAUUCAAUAUUUCUAGGGUAUGCAAAUACAGGUACCUGUCUCUUUUGCAUUAAGUGCAGAGCUCUGAAACUGAUCCAUGUAUCUUAAUUGAUCCUACGGAGUUUCUUUGGUGUAAAUGUUGAACUGCAAGAGCUAGUGGAGGCUGUUGUAUGAGAAGGUUAGUGCCUCAAAUAGAGACAUUCACCAUUUUCAAAAGCCCGGGUCUAGGUCCCUUUUGGUCCUCUUGCUGACGGGUUUAGACACUGUGAGAGCCAAAAUUCGGCUAUACGUAAAGGACAAUGUAGAGCACAAAAUGCCUCACGGGUGUUUUCUUUUAGAGUUUUGUUAAUCUCGAGGAGCUUUAUGGGAGUGGAGUUUUCUCCUGACCUGUAAAUAAUUGAAGAAACACGUAGUUUGGAGGUGAAAGGUUCUACCUAGCUGUUCAAAUGACAAAUGAGUAUGUUUUUCCCACAAAGAUCCCCAAAGAUACUCCCUCUCCGAGCAGAGGGAGGCAGGGGCUGAUUUCUCUUUGCCAUAUUGCCCUGGACUGAGAAGCCUGGUAAUAAUAUCUGGAGAUCAGCGAGCUUCAUUCCUCCAUAUUGGAGAGUAUUGUAAAGGGGUUUGAUUUUAAUUUUUGGAACCUUCCUCCUAUAGAUGAAUGUAGAUAUAAUUCUUUGCAGUUUCUUGCGAAAAAAAUCUUAAUUAUGGUUAUGGGGUGAAAUUUAGGCAGGACGUCCUCAGUAUUGUGACCUGAUUGGUAUUUUACUUUGGUUAAAGUUAAUGCAUUUGUUUUAAAACAGUUUGAGUAAAGACAUUUUAAAUUCAGAAAAGAUUAAAGGUGCAAUAAUGUGGAGGGACUGGUCUGCCUGGAUCCAUAGUAAAAGGAACUGUUCUACACAUUGUUAAAUAUUAAUCUAUAAAAACACAUUCAUUUGUUUUAAAACAGUUUGAGUAAAGACAUUUUAAAUUCAGAAAAGAUUAAAGGUGCAAUAAUGUGGAGGGACUGGUCUGCCUGGAUCCAUAGUAAAAGGAACUGUUCUACACAUUGUUAAAUAUUAAUCUAUAAAAACACAUUCAUACAAUCAGCUAGAAAGGACAAGAAAGGCAUUUUAGCUUAAAUUUUGGGUUUAAGUAAGCCUGAAUUAGCCUGAACAGCUCAACAGUUCAUGUGCCAAGGUUACUGUUAUGUUUCAGUCAGGCCUUAAUCAUUUUAGACACAUAGUCUUUCAUAGACAUAAAAAAAGUUAGUGAGUGAGUCUAUGACAGAAAUAUUAUAAGGGGAAGUGCAGGUGGACUAAAUACAGAACUCAUACUGUAAAAACGUUUUGAUUGAGUUGCUCCUCUCAUAUAAUGAAGCUACUGAAAAGAGGCAGGCUUCUACUGUUCCUGAAGCUCACCCUUGUAUUGGGAUCACUAUGGAUGCUUUCUCUACUCACUCGGCCAAAAGCAGAAUGGAGUCUCACCUACAUUCUCAGGUACAGCUGGUUGAAGUACACAGACGAAGAUGACAGCCCAGAGAAAGUGUGCAACUGCUCAGCUAUCCUGCAGGGAGAGAGGGAGGCACUGGAAGAGGCUAAAUUGCUGGCCAUCACUAAAGAAUUCCGGAAGACUGUUCGCAUUCCAGAUGAAUAUUACAUUAAUGCAUCCCAAGACUGCAGGCAAUUCAAGUUAAGCAGAAAAUACUUAACAUUCCCACUAAGCCAGGAAGAAGCUGACUUCCCUCUGGCCUACUCUAUUGUUGUGCAUCACAAGGUGCAGAACUUUGAGCGACUGCUGCGAGCAAUCUAUGCGCCUCAAAAUAUAUAUUGUGUCCAUGUGGACAAAACAGCGGAGGCCUCAGUCUUAUCUGCAAUCAGAGCUAUCACUUCCUGUUUACCCAACACCUUCAUUGUCAGCCAGGCUGUGGACGUGGUCUAUUCUGCCUGGCCACGCGUCCAGGCUGACCUUAACUGUAUGGCUGAUCUAUAUAAAGCCACCACGAAAUGGAAAUACUUCAUCAACCUUUGUGGCCAAGAUUUCCCUCUGAAAACCAACCUGGAGAUUGUAAGGAUGCUGCGUUCACUCAAUGGCGGGAACAGCCUAGAGUCGGAAAAACUGCCUGCAGAAAAGAUGUGGAGGGUGACAAAUGUUCACCAGAUUGUUGAUGGACAAAUACAGGGGACAGGAAAGGCAAAGGAGCCACCUCCAUUCAACCUACCAAUUCUGUCAGGAAGUGCCUACUUUGUGGUCAACCGAGGCUUCAUCCGCAGUGUGUUGGAGGACAAACGAAUACUAGCACUAAUGGAAUGGGCCAAAGAGACGUACAGUCCUGAUGAAUUUCUCUGGGCAACCAUUCAGCGAAUUCCUGGUGUUCCUGGCUCAACACGGCCCAGCCGCAAAUAUGACAUGUCAGACAUCAAUGCAAUCGCUAGGCUGGUGAAGUGGCAGUGGCAUGAGGGGUCACAGGAGUCACUGGAGGCGGUGUACCCAAAGUGUCAAGGCAGUCACGUCAGGUCGAUAUGUGUGUACGGAGUUGGAGACCUACAGUGGAUGCUUGAGCAUCAUCACCUCUUUGCCAACAAGUUUGACACAGACACAGAUCCCAUCGCUGUCUACUGCUUGGAGAAAUAUCUGAGAAAAAAAGCACUGUCUCAGUUACAUUAGGUGUAUUGCAGAUUUUCCCUGGCAAGCAAGAAAAUAUAUAUAUUCAUAGUGUGGUAAAUACAAUAAGAUAAUAAACAAGUUUAAUUAGUGCCAAUACAUUAUUCAGUUCUAUUGCAGCAUGGCAUUUUUUCAGUGACAAUUAGAGCGAUCAAAACAAGAGCCCAAAAGAAAAUUUCCCUUGAGGCUUUCAUGUGAAAACAAUUGUUUUUCCUUAUGAUGUAUGGUAGAAUUUUUUAAAAGACUGAUGAAGAUAAUUACAUCUUUAUUGAAACAAACAUUUGACAUAUUUUACAACAAAACAACCACUUGCAAGCCACAAAUAAAAAGACACACUUUAACCUGCACAGUAGGCACUCUUUAUGCUGCACCUGUCUAAAUCAGUGAACAUAGAAUUUCCCUCAUCACUCCAUAACAAUUCCCCCUCACUUUCUCGCACGCACUCAUGCAUGCACACGCGCAUAACCUGAUUAAACCAUGACUAAAUUCACAUCCUACACAAUUCCGCAUCAAGGUGAGUAGUCAGAUCAGAGUAAUGUGAAACUGAGAAACUGAAAGCAUGCAACACAUUACUGCAGCUCCUGGUAACUGCUUUUUGGUUGAUGAUGAUGACAUCUCUAGUAUUUUCACAGUGAUAUACUGCUAAUGCUAAUAGAAUAGCCGAUUCAUAGUUUUUUAAAGAUAUGUUUCAAGGUGUUGGAUGAGUUGGUGAUAUAUAAUAAAAUAUCUUUUUUUAUCA